ACGCAGUACUUGUAUUUAACCGUAUUCCAAACAAAUAUGAGAUGUUAAAAACUUAUUUUUAAUUCACCUAUUUCUAAAUGUAAAAACACUAUUCUCUUCUGAUGAAUAUUUUGAAACCAAUGACAUUGAUUCAAAACCCCGAUGUUUUGCCAAAAAAACAUUCCAGUCUGGCACUCUUGACUAUCUGAUUUUACAAUCUAAGCGAAAAUGUGGCAAUAAAUAAUAAUGCGUUGGCGUUUAUAUUUGGAGCCGCGAGCGUGCCGCCUCUCGCGCCGACAGUGAGCGCCCGCUUCGACGCGCGAGUACGUCGAACGACUCCCGCGCACCCUACGCCGUCGCCGCGUUGACGAAUUCUUCAUUACUAAAAUAGUGACGUGGUAGAGCCAGCAGCAUGGUGGCGGGUGACGUGACGAGGCGCGCGUCGCUCACGGCGCCGUCUAUGCACCGCCGGCCCUCGGUGCGCCGUGGCUCACUCAUCAAAGGCUCUCAGUCUCAAUCCCAGGAGGUGCCGUGGGACAUCAUCGACCGGUGCGCGCUGCCGAUCGUGCUGUGCCACGCGUUGGCCGUGGUGCUCUCAACCGUGCUCAAUGCUCUGCAUCUGAGCAGCAUCUCUGUGUUCACGUUAUUCCUCUGGUUCGCCAUCUCCGUCACUGGCUCACUCUGGUUCUACCACAACCUGCAGGUAAGUCUCUCACUGCAUCCAACUUAGAAAGGCUCUGUUUGG